AGAAGUGUUGUAGUGUUGUUCAUUUCCAUGAGUUUAAUGACUUCUAAAGCUUGUGCCUCAUGCACCUGUUGGCAUAUUUAACCUGAAACAGGAUAAACAUGCUUUUGGUUGACACCUUACAAAUCUGCAGUUGCAUUCAGUGAGAUGAUCCAUGACCUCAGGGUUCUAGGCUUAUUCAUGCAAGACUCAGAAGAAAUUGGGUGACCUGUCUGGAGACAGUUUUCUAUCUGAGAACUUACCCUGAAGUGUCUACAGUCUCCAUUUAUGCCUGUGUGAUUGUUUUGAGGAGUCAACAUCAAUAGAAUAAAUUAUACUUUCAUGAGCAUGGCACACAUAUUAAAGACGCUCAACAGCUGGUUCUGGUGGGAGAAUAUCUGGAUGCCCAUCAACUGCACAUGGGAACAUUUUGUAGACCGUGAUGGGCUCGUCUUUCCCAAGCCACACCAGUUAUAUGCCACAAUCCCAUACGCUUUUGUGCUGCUGCUGAUCCGAUUCUGCAGUGAAAGAUUUGUUGCUAUACCUCUAGCAAAAGCUUUAGGUAUAAAGAAUGUAAGACGUGUGAAGCCACAGCCCAAUCCUGUGUUAGAGAGUUAUUUCCGGGAGUGCUCCAAGCAUCCAUCCCAAUCAGAUAUCCAAGGCCUUGCAAAGAAGUGCAACUGGACUGUCCAUUUGGUGGAAAAGUGGUUUCGGAGACGGCGAAACCUUGAGAUCCCAACAGUGCUCCGGAAAUUCCAGGAAGCUUUCUGGCGAUUUUCCUUCUAUCUGACAUCCUCCAUCGCUGGAUUUGUGUUUCUGUACGAUAAACCUUGGUUUUACGACAUAUGGCAGACGUGGGUUGGCUAUCCAUUUCAGACCCUACUGCCCUCCCAGUACUGGUACUACAUGGCUGAGAUCAGUUUUUACUGGUCUCUGUUGUUUAGACUCGGGAUUGACAUCAAGAGGAAGGAUUUUCUGGCUCAUGUCGUUCACCACUUGGCAGCCAUUGGGCUGAUGAGUGGUUCUUGGUGCGGCAAUUACGUGCGUCUUGGAACACUGGUGAUGUUUGUGCAUGACACAGCAGAUUUCUGGCUCGAGGCAGCCAAAAUGUUUAAUUAUGCUCGAUGGGAGAAAACCUGCAAUGUACUCUUUAUCCUCUUUGCUGUCGCUUUCUUCAUCACAAGAAUCAUCCUCUUCCCCUUCUGGAUUCUUCGUGCCACCUUGUAUCAGCCGACAUACUACUCCACAACUCCUGUCAUAGCAUAUUUUUUAUUCAAUGGGCAGCUGUUGAUCCUCCAAGGCUUGCAUCUCUACUGGGGUUACUUAAUUUUCAAGAUUUUGAGAAGGUUCAUUUUCUUAAAGGACCUGAAGGAUGACCGGAGUGAUGAAGAGGAGGAAGAUUCUGUUACAGAUAAUGAAGAGGAAUCCCCAAGAAAUGGCAAUAAGAAUGGCUGUGGGUCGAACAAACACCUCCUGAACAGCAGCCACCACUAGCCUCCUCCUGCCUCACCUCCUGCAGUGAUUUCUGCUCUGGUUUAAACUCAACCUACAGGAUAGGAUUUAAGUCCAAAGGCUUAGAGAGACUGUGAUUGAUUUAUUGUUGGCUACUGGACCUGGACAAAAGCCCAGUUUAAAGGGGAGUGAAAAAUUGCAUAACAUGACAAAAUGUGCUAAUGGCCCCCUUUCUGAAUCCUUGCUAAGUGUUUGGAGAGACAUUUGGGCACCCUGGCUGGCAGUGCUCAACAAGGGCAAAGCUCAUUUACUGUCCUAUUGAUUCUAACUUCAUUUUUCAAUCUGAUGUAGGAUAUGUUUCACCAGGCAGCUUAAUUCACAGAUGUUUUGUGGUAGGUAGGUGGUGUGAACUCCAUUAGGAACCAAAAUUACUCAGUGUGAGCAGAAUUUGACAGUGGUGUACAGUGACUACCAUUUUAGUCCUUACUUUUCAGUUUAAACCCUCAUCAGAAUGGGCUUUUUUUUUUUUUUUUUAGUUAGAUUUCAUUUCCUGGAGGCCAGUAGAAGCUCAUAUGGAGGAAGUCAAAAUUAAGAGCUGGCUUUGCUGCAGAAAUAUGGUCUUUCUCCAAAACAUGCUGCAUGAUAGAUGGCUCCAAUAUUGUGUUCUAAGAUUUCUGUGUCAAGGGAGUCCCUGUUGAAAUAGCAAAGCUUAGCCCCAGGGCUCCACUGAGCUCCAAGUUUCACAAAUGGCUUUCAAUGUUAGAAGGAAAGGUGCAGUAGGGAGGGAAGAUAGUGAGUGAAGGUUGGGUCUUCUCACAGGUUCUUUUGCACUACCUACUUGUCUUCAGAGCUGCCGAACGCUCCCUGCUCCUGACACGUCUGCAGCCCAGAAGAGUGAAAACGAAUCUCCUUCGUCCCCUUCUCCGGAGCUUGUCUUGCACAGUGGCGUUGGAUCACUGCCUUACCAGGAGUGAGUCCACUCAGUUCUGGGUUGUGGUUCUUCUGUGCUUGCUGCACACAUCUAGGCAGUGGGGGAGCACAAGGCUACCAGGGAAUGUCAUGUCAGUGCUGUGCCCUCCUUUGGUAUCAGGAUCUGUACUUCCAUCUCUGGAAAAUCAUUAUCACGUGGGCUAGAGCCAAACCUGGAUGUGAGGGUGUGACUUAGGCCACACACUGUUGCUUGUGCUGUAAGAAGUGGAGGAACAGCUCCUCUUACCAAAAGGGGGUCUCUCCUCAGUCUGCAUUUUUGUUCUAUUGCUAGCACAGGGUACAGCAAUGUUUUCAGUCCUGGGGCUUUCCAAGGAGAGCCUGGCCACUCCCAGGGUGCUACCAAUCUCAGUUACAGAUGCAUUAGCUCACAAGGCCAUAAAUGAUUUGUGUCAUGAGUUUUAGAGAUGAGAGGCUCGCUAUAUGGUCCUACAGUAGCUGAGAUCAUUCGGUGAACUAAAUCCAGUAGCUUGGUAUUGGCCUGGGGACCACUGCUGGAGAGCCUCAGUACAGAGCUGCUUGUUCAGAAAGGUUCUCUUUGCCUUAAGGCUGCUGGGGCAGGAACUUGGUGACCUACAGGAAGCACUGUGUGAGUGACUUGUUUUCUCAAGACUUCCCUGGCAAAGGGGCUUUGAUUCAGUGACUGAAGCAUUUGAAAGAAUGGGAAAUGUUUGGGCUCUCAGAUAUGAAGAAAGAAAUGUUUUCUGUGCGGCUACAAGGAAGCACAGGAGCAAUCUGAUGCAGAGGCUGGUGGGGUAAAAAUUCCCACCUGCAGUCUGAUUGAGCUGGGCUGGCUUGGAUUUGGUACCUGCGUUUUGCACCACGUAAGACCUCCCAUGUUUGCGUUUUACCA